AGCUGGCAUAUUCGCUGAAGAGGAUUUUGAAAGAAUCCUUCUCUUCUUCAUCUUCUUCCUCCUCAACUCUCACUAGGGUUUUAGCUCCACUCACUCUCUCUCUCUCUGCUUCUGAAAUGGAGUCGGUCGGUAAAUUGGCGCGCUGCAGCCACCCAUUUCACCUCUCAUUCCUUCCCCCCCGUCCAUCGUUCCCGAAUUCCAUCUCCUUCAGGACGUCUCCAUCCCCGCCGUUGAAAUUCCAUUCCAUCAGAGCCUCCGCUUCCGACUCCCACAAUCCUCACCCCCCCAAACCCCUCCUGCAGACACUGGCGCCGGUCCUCAAAACCGCCUGCGUCACCCUAUCCGCUGCCGCAGCUCUGCUCUUCAUCCGCCUCCAGCCCAAGCCGGCCGUGGCGGCUCCCGUCACCGCUCCUACUGUGGAGCCCUCCGAGCAGUCGGCAGAGAACAACAUCAAGGAGGAAGAGAGCACAAUCGAGGAACAUGUGAACAAGUACCCUGACGACGUCGAGUCGCUCCGCUCGCUCAUGGAGGUCAAGAUCAAAAGCCGGAAGCUCCAGGAGGCGAUUGAGAUCAUCGACCGCUUGAUUGAGCUCGAGCCAGAUGAAAAUGAAUGGCCGCUACUGAAGGCCAACCUCUACAACUACAGUGGAGACUUCAAUUUGGCCAAGAAAGGUUUCGAGGAGAUACUCGAGAAGGACCCGGAUCGGGUCGAGGCCUAUCACGGUCUCGUGAUGGCAGGUUCGGAGUCGGGGGAUGAGCUGAAAGGCGUGCUCGAGAGGAUCAAGGCGGCAAUGGAGAGGUGUAGGAAGAAGAAGAAGACUUCCGAGGUCAGGGAUUUUAAGCUCCUCAUUGCGCAGGUUAAGGUGAUUGAGGGAAACUACGCGGAGGCUCUGAAGGUUUACGAGGAGCUCGUGAAAGAGGAGCCAAGAGAUUUCCGACCGUAUCUGUGUCAGGGGAUCAUUUACACCUUGCUGAGGAAGAACGAUGAGGCCGAGAAGAAGUUCAAGCAGUACAGGAGGCUCGUCCCGAAGAAUCACCCGUACGCCGAGUACUUCGACGAUAAUAUGAUCGCUACCAAGUUCUUUGCUCAGAAGGCCGAGAGGGAGAUGGCUGGCUCGCGGGGCUGAGGGGAAUGUAGUCAUUACGGGGAACAGAUGGAGCGGAAGAUUGAGGGUAAGAUGUAAUAAUCCAUCGGCGAGAUCGGUUUCAGCAUGUCGAUAUAGAGUUUUGCUUAUAGAUCGUAGUUCGAUUACUGUGAUGUCUUGCCAGUAGAAUAGUUUUAGAGGAAAAUGUUCGGUCAAAUAUAAUUGUAUUGCUUCUCUAGUCUUUGAUUCUUUGCUGGAUGAUCAAAAAAAUAGCUCAUUCCGGCUGAAUCACAUCCACGGUUUCCUCACAUGAUCCCUCCGGUCGGAUGAGUCGAAUGGUCAUACAAGCUAUGGCAUGCGGUCACUCGGUUAUUGUUGUUAUCGGGUUCUGUUAGACAGUCAUGGGUUGGUUUACUGAUACAACCUUAUCUUGGAACUCAUUUCGUAGCUGUGGUGCGUGACUAAUUUCAUUGAACACCCGUUUUGGUUUUACGAUC